AUGUCUUGCUUUCUGCUGACAUGCCUAGAGAUGUUUGUCAAAGUGCUUUGUGAGAGCCUGCAUAAGGAAAUAGAUGAUUUUCCACUGUACUCAGGAAGUCUUGCAGAAAAUUUUGUUUGCAACCCUGAGUCAGAACUUUGCAUGCUUGGCAAAUGUAAAAAGUGUGCAAAAUGCCCCAGCUUGUUGCAAAAAAUAAGGUCAAGUACAGGAAACCUUGAUGAGCAUGCAACAUGGUAUCAGUGAGAGCAUGUGGAACAAAUGGUGCAGGCAAAGAAAGGAAAAAGCAUGAAAAGGGUAAAGAAAAUUCAGAAAGUUCUGAAAGAGGGUACUGUUGAUGAUUUAGUGGAAGAUCUAGAAGUUCAGCUGCCAUCAUUCUUAGAACAUGUGUUUGUAAAGCGACAACAGGCAAGAAUUUUCAAAGAGAAGAUAGAACAUCUGACAGAGGAAGAGGCAGUGGUGCAAGUUGAUUUUGCUGAAAAUUUCAGCUGCAAGUACCAGGGAGAAGUUCAGUCAGCACACUGGAGCCAAGACCAAGUUACCCUGUUCACUGUUGCAAUCUGGACAAAGUCUGGAGACAAAAACAGCUGUUGUGAAUCUCACGUCAUUGUUUCAGAUGAUUUGAAGCAUGACAAAACAUCUGUUGCCGUGUUCAUGUGCAAAGUUGUCAACGACCUUGUGAAGGGGAGACACCCAAACAUAAACUUGAGUUUGGAUAUUUUCAGAUGGACCAAGCUCGCAGUUCAAGAACAGGUACAUUGCCCAUUUUCUCCAUUUACUUCAAGGUCAAGGUCUUAA